GCUACUAAUGGAAACAUGAAGUCUUAUUCCUCCUCCACCACCUGUUCUACUACCACCACUUCUUGUCGUUCCUCCAACAACCCUACUAGCAUCACCACUCCUUCCUCCACCUCCUCCUCCUCCUCCUCUCUCUACUCCUCCAGCCUACCUCCUAACAGCCACGCCACCUACCAUCAGUACUGCUGUCCCGCGCGCCUCCGCCUGCCCAAGCCUCCCUGCGCCCUGCCCCCGCCAAGCACCACGAGCAGGCAAGAGAGGAGGAAGAUGAUGACAUCGCCCAUCAGUUCUGUUGCCCCGCCUCCGAGUGCAGUAGCCCCUCAUCUAGGUAACCAGGGGCGACCAUGAGAAAGCUCCGCCCCACACAACUGUCCCAGGGUAAACUGAGGGGUAAUUAUGAGCCCCUGUCCUCCGUCCACCAUGGCUGUCUCUCUCUCUCUCUCUCUCUCUCUCUCCCUUCCUCUUUUGUCGUUUGACCACCAAGCAGCAAGAAAACUGUGGAGUAAAAAAAGAGAUGUUUGAAAUCAGAAGAUAAGGAGUAAAUCCGGGGAUCCUUCAUUUAAAACUUCCUCGUUAAAAGCCUGUUUGUGGAGAAAACUGGAGCUUUAAAAGAAAACGAUGAAGCUGUCUUUGCAACUCUGCUGCUGAUCCGAUUGGUUUCUCUUUUCUUUUAAAUCUGGCGACACGUUUUCUUACACACCCUGAGUCAGACAGUAAAAGUUGCUCUGCAGCUUUAAAACCACAAGGACCGAUCAUCCCCUCUGCAGUCUGACCUACCUGGAGACGCUCACACCUGCUUUAGCUGGUUCACAGGGUGACUCGGCUGAACGCCUACGAUGAGUCUGCAGUUUUGUGCAUAAUUUUAAACUCGUCAGGCGCUUUUUAACCUCCGUCUGAAAGUUCGGGUCAGAAUGGGGACUUCAACGGUUUAUCCUCCCUGUCAGAGCAUGAAGCCAUGACCCCGCCAUUUCCUGGCAACGCUGUGUCGAGAGCCUGCUGUAUACAGAGUUCGGCGAUGGUUGGACAGCGCUCGAUGCAGCAAGCUGCAGGGCUAUCCGUGUCCCAACUCUGUGUACGCAGGGCUCUGGUUGUUGCACGUUGUCACCACACCAAACUCUUUGGGACGAAGACUCGUCAGGUCUUGGUGGGACCGAUAGUUUGUUAGCGAGUUCGUGAACAGUACGAGUCACUCUGGCAGGUAACCACACAUCAUUCGGAGCUCCUCUUCAGUAAAGGCGGCCUGCUCGACUGGUUGCACAGUGGCCGGCCACCGGAGUCACGAGUUUGCUCUUUGUUUUGUUGUCAUUAGCAUCCCUACAUACUGCACCCUGGGUUCUCCUUAUAACUGCUUCUUUUCUUACGUUAACAUCCUGCUGACACUUAACAGCGGAGCGAGUGUGAGCAGCACCAAUAAAACCGUACCGAUGUACAUCAGGGAAAGUUUGUACUCUUGUUUUGGAGUCUGACAGCUGAAGGAGACCAAACUGAGACUUGGCACUUUGAUGUAUAAGGUCAUGUGAAGAGAAAUGUAUGAAAAAGGCCAUAUUAGAAGAGUAAUUUUUGGCCCUUUUUCCACUUCAGAAGUGAUGAAGCAGCAAUCAUGACUGAAAACUCUUCAAGUGCUUCCCCCCCUCCCCGCGAUCCAGUUUUAGGGAGAACCCUGGUGCCUGAUGUGUACAGUGCACUUGGACAGAGACACACACACAUACACACAGAUUUGCACACAGCAGCUGCAAGAGUCCUCAGAGAUCAUAAAUGAUAUCAGUGAUAUCUGGAGUAUGUUUACAUGCACAUCGGUCCUCUGAUCACAGGCAGUGAUCGGCUUUAAGGCAAUAUUUUCAUGAUGUCACGUAGCCGUUACCACAAUCUACUAUAUAUGCUUGAUGAAAGGGUUGUUAAUUCACGAAUAUGACGACUGCUUCUGAUCUGAUCGUACACGCAGACCAAGCAAUCUCUACAGAGGUCUUUGAAAGGAGAUAUCUGAGCCUGGAGCCGAGGUUUUAAAACGUCACUCACUGUAAGGAGCAUGUGAGACCAGUCAGUCAAAUCAGAUACACGUCAAAGGGUCCAAAUGCAAAAUACAGGAGGUUUUCUCACUAAUAAAUAAAAGAACGGUAGUAAAAGAUCGUGAGCUCGCCGUGCUAACUGUUGAUCAAAGUUAUGUUAGCUUGCCUUGUCAGUGACAUCAGCAGUGCAUACAUACGAAUCCUGCUUUACAAUCAAAGUGACAUCAGGUGGCUUUUAUUGUCAUUUGAGCCAUCCACAGGUAAAACGGCACACCACAGAACGAGUCUUGGUGCCACAAACCAAAGACCUUCAAAGUGGCUAACUCUGGUUAGCUCCAGUAAACCUAACCUGCAGUUACUGAUUCGCUAGCUUUGCUGUCCCAUCGCUGUCACAUUUAAUUAGCUGCCUGCACUGAGCCAAGACGUUUGCUCAGGUAAAAAAAAUCCAUAAAUAGACGUGUCUAAAGAGAAGAACUGUCAGGUUUCAAAGGAGGGAAGCUUGGUCUGCAUGUACUGUUGCUCAGAUCACGAAAAAUUCAAAUAAUUGGAUUUUAUGUGACAGUUUCAGGAGUCGCAGUAUUGCCUUAAUAACUACAGUGCACGUAAACACACUCGGUGACUUCCCCUCCGAGCGAGAGGAAGCUGAUGGAGGCAGUGAUGAAGGGAGCAACAGUGGAGCCCUUUGUGUCGUUUCUCAUCUUUUUUUGUGUACACUCUUUUAUCCGUCUUCUCUUUGCAUUUAACUCUGUAGCUUUGACUCCCUCAAGCUCCUCCUCUUUUCCUCUCCUUCCUGUUUUUUUUCCUCUUCCUAAAGAAAGAAAGUAAGAAAGACAUUUUUCUGAUUCAGUGCCAAGAAAAUCAAAGACGAAAAAGAGAAAAGUCUGUCUCAUUGCCAAGUUCGAUAGCGGGGAGUAUUAUCCUUCUGUCGCAGUGCCAAGUUAAAAAAAAGAAGACGUCUUUGACACCCAAACCCUCGAGCAAAUGUAAUGUUUUAGGAGCAGAAAACGCCGUAUGCUGUAUGAGCAAAUCCUCUGACGAGUUCAUCCAGUCAUCUUUUAGCUGUAAAGUCCAAUCUAUAUCUUUAUUUCAUAGCUAGCUGCCCACAGUUUUGUCUGUAGCUCCUUUUCGCCAUUUAUACAUUUAAAAAGCAAUACGUUUGUUUUCCAAAUCUGGAACGAGAAUCUCCCAGUGUACGUAAACUCAUAUUGAGUGGGAGGGGGUUACACCCAUGUAGUAGCUGAUCUAUCAAUAAAAAAAUGCGCUUUGAUCCAAAGUUUUGUAUGCAGCACGACGACGUUUGACACGAUGUCAAAGGUUUACAACAUGAGUCCAGCGGUGUUAUCAGUAUUAAAAAAACGUAUUGAUAUUUAACUGUGGAACAGAUGAAAGUUGUGGAUAUUUUAUUUUUUCAGAGAUGUAAAAUGCCUGUAUGUGAAACAUGUUUUUUUUUUCCAUCUUUGCAUGAUUGCGAUUUUUUUCUGUACUGACAGACGCUUCUCAGACCCUUAAAGGGGACCUAUUUCACUUAGACUUUUGCAGAGUAGCUUUGCCUGAUUCAUAGGUCAGAAUAACCCUUAUUAAUCUUUUACUGCUCCAUGGUGCAGCCCCUUUAACUCCUCUCCUCCACCCUCUUCUGAUUGGCUGCCCCUCAUAAGCCAAAGUCUUGAACAUUAGGUGGGCGGGGCUUCUGUGCCCAAAAGUAGUAAAACUCUCAGAAACUGAGUGCUCAGAAGGGAUUACAGGGAUUUUUUGUACAUAUGGUGACUUCAUCAUUUCAAACCUUGGGUAUGUUUAAUGUACAUGACAGAAAGAAGUAAAUAAGAAAUAAUAGGUCCCCUUUAACUCAAGCAAAGCACAAAUACCGCACUGUAAUAAUACUCAGAUACAAGCUGAAAAGCAGGCAUACCUGCUCAUUACACAGGACCGCCCAGUUUGCUACGCUGUAUAUCAUAUAUUUAUUAUUUGAAUCAUUGUUAAUCUGAAAGCCUUGUAAUGUGAAGGUUUCUGCAUUUAUACAGUACAGAAUUGCAGUUGCAACCUGUGCACACUAAACUCAUCUUAAUUUGUCAUGUGGUGAGGUUUACAGUGAAGUAAAGGACCUCUGUAUUAUUCCUAAAUGCAGUGUUUAACCAAACGCCCUCCUGCUGUGCACUAAUGAUGGUGAAUAGUGACAAGAGAGAUUUUGGACGGUUUCACUUAAUUGAGUUUUAAUGCAAAUGAUUACUUCCUGUUUGUCUCUGUGUGUUCCUACUUUUUCUCGCUGUAAAUGAAUUAGCUGUGAAAAUGUUUAUUGAGAUGUGAAAGAUGGUGUUAGCGCAGCAUGAGAAGUCUUUCCACAGCAGUUUAUCACCUUUUUUAGAUUCAUCCUGAGCGACAGUCCUCCAGCUUUACAACAUCUUGGUUAUGAUGCACUUUCCAUCACAUUGAGUGCAAACUGCCAGUGAAACUGCAGGAAAACUGCAUCGGUAAAAGACCGCGCCAUGUAGUCAAUAGGUGAGAACAGAUAAAUGAUCAAACCUUAGCAGCACUAACCAUCCCGUCCUCUCAGUGUGCAGGGAAACAAUAUCAAGUUUGAUAAGAUACCGUAGGACUUCUAAUGUGCCAUGUUUAUAACAGUUUAUUACCUAGGACACUCUGCACUACCACUAAACGACAAUAUGCUGCAAUUAACCCAAAUCAGUCCAGUACGAAUUUAUUAGUGUUUUUUGUUAAUUCAGCUAAUAUUAACCCGAGGGAAUACGUAAUGUUUUAUUGUUGUAAUAUAGUCAUAUUAGCAUAAUAGGCUUAUAAAAGUAGACCAUAAAAUCUGUUUCCUGUGUAGAACCUUCUCAUCACCUGAUGAUUAUCCAUGAAGUACUUUUAUUUUAAUAAUAUGUUUCUACACAUGAAGUUGACUUGAAUGAUGUGGUGACAAUCAUUGUAGGAUGUUAAAAAAAGGAUGUUAAAUAUAAAUGAAAUGAGUUUUGCAGGCUUGGGAAUUAUUCUUCUGUACGAUGGUUAGGACUUUAUGGAACCUUGUCUUUCUUUGUUCUUCACCAUGAAAAAUAUCAGACUUUAAAUCUUCAUUUUGUCCAGUUAAACGUUACAUUAGCUGCUUAGAUUUUAGGAUUUUAGCUCAUGCAUCUGAAAGACUGAUGAGCUUCUUUGAUGGUGAGGGGUCCAUUGUCUGCCUGUCUGUCCCUCCACAGUUCAUAAGAAUAGCUGCUCCUCCCAGAGCGGCCGGAUUUUAGUGAGACUUGCACACAUUGAUCACCUAAUGGGUCUUCAACCAAGGUGCUCAAGCUCAUUUUGCUCAUUUUACCUCCCAGAGUGAAAAAAUAUGAAUG